AUGUCUAAAAAUAAAAUUGCUAAAAAAGCAAAGAAUUUUAGACAGAAUUACAGACCGAAUCAACAGAAAUUUAAUCAUUUCUUACAGAGUAAUAUUGCAAAAUCUCUUGACACGGCCUUCAAUUUCACCAGGAUAAGACUGUUUGGCUGCGAAAAACAUAGCGAUCAGGCGAAACUGGAUAACCUGGAAGAUUUACUUCGUGAAAAAUAUCCUGAAUUGAUAAUUGAUCAAUUCUUAAAGAACUAUAAAAGGAGAAAUUUUACGGACAAGAAACAAGCUAUCAAAGGACUUAUAUGCAAAGCUAAUGAGCAUGAUAUUAACUUGAGUAACAUGUUAUUAUCAGAAGGAGUAAAUGUUGAACUAGAAGAUUUUGGAGAAAAAUAUAGGAAUUUGGAACAAAAAAAAUAUCCAGAGAGAAAUCUUAAGAGGAAACGUUACGAUGAGGAUUAUGUCGCAAGUGAAGAUGACCUAUUGCAUUGUGAUGAUUGUGAUAAAGAUUAUGAAGGAAUAUGUCCCAUUCAUGGGCCCAUGCUGUGGAUUUGUGAUAAGAAAAUACCUAAAAAGACUCAAGAUCGGGCAAUAAAAACUCUUCCGGCUAUUUUGUCGAUUGGGAAAUCGAGCAUGCCAGAUGCAGGCUUCGGGGUAUGGACAGAAGUGUUUCUUCCAAAAGGAUUAGUUUUUGGACCUUACAAAGGCAGUAUUCUUAAAGAUCACAAAGAAGCUGAAAAAAGCGGAUAUGCUUGGAAGAUAUGGAAUGGAAAGAAAGUGCACCAUUAUGUUGAAGCUGUAGAAAAAGAUGUCGCCAACUGGCUUCGUUUUGUGAAUUGUGCAGAUCGUGAAGAGAGGCAAAAUUUGUUUGCAUUUCAAUUUGAGAAGAAAAUAUUUUAUAAAACGUACAAGCCAAUACUUCCGUCUUCAGAGUUACUCGUGUGGUACGGGGAUGAGUACGGUGAAGAUCUCGGUUUCAUUAAAGAGCCAGUGUUCAAAAACAAGCCUACAGAUGCUGAAUCAUUCAAUGGGCACAGGUACAAUACACGGCAAAAAUUCUUUAAGUCUUUGAGCACUUUGGAUGUGUCCCCAAAUACGAAACUUUCAAAUGAUUGCUUUGAAGACAUUCCAACACGAAUUCCUUCUCAACGAAAAUCAGAACUUGUUAAUAACUCUGAACUUUCUCCUGGAAUAAAAAAGAAUCAAAUAUCGAGAUUUAAAAAUAACAGAAAAGUAUCACAAAAAAUCAAAUGCCAAAUAGAAGGUGAGAUUGAAGAAAGACGAGGUUAUCUAUGCGUGCAUACUCGUACUAGCAACGACAAUAUCAGUAGCAAUAUUUUUAGCAAUGUAAAAAUUCCACAAAAUGAGAAACCAUUUAAAUGCUCUGAUUGUAAGGAUGCUUUUAGGGUAUCCUCCCAUUUGGAGAGGCACAUCUCUUUAAAACACAAUCUCAAUUUUUCGCAUAUGUGUCCAAUAUGCUUCAGGGGUUUUAUGUCCGAACAAAUAUUAAACGAACACGCAAAUUUGAUACAUAAAACAGAAUUAGAAAUAAUCAUUGAAGAACUUUUGCAAGAACUUAAACAAUGA